UUAGCUUUCUUGCCCACAUCGAGAUUUAGCAAUUCCCCCCCACACCCCCAAACACGAGUGUGAAAGAUGGAAAGUGUAACAGUUAAACGGCCCGCAGCCAUUGAAUAAGAAGGAAGGCGCCGCAAAGGAACCUUCCUCCACACUCCAAGGCUUUAGAGUGAUAAAAAGAAAAUCAUGUCGGGAAUUAAAAGGAAAAUAGAAGAUGGUGAUCCCGACUACGAGGACGUUGCACUAGUCCAAAAUAGUAAGCGAAACAAAGCUGCGGAGUUAAGUGCUCGAGAUGCUACAGUCCAGAAGAUAGAAGCCAUAAUCACUGAGCAGUUCUCCUUGGAGAUGAAGAACAAAGAGCAUGAAAUAGAUAUUAUUAGUCAGCGACUCAAUGAAGCCCGAAGGAUGAUGGACAAGUUGAGAGCGUGCAUAGUGGCCAAUUUCUAUGCCAAUGCUGGGAUGACAAAGCUCCAGGAGAGCUCAAAGAGUGACUCCGGAGCACUCAACCAUCCAGCCAUCCGCCGAUUCCUGGAGUUUCCCUCUCGUUCCUCUUCCCCUCUCAACCAGGGUUCCGAGACGCCUUCUCUGGCCCAGUCCGAGUCUGAAUCUCUCUCGCAGCAUGGAGACAGUACUGAAAAGGAUGCUGAGGGAGCAUGGAGAGAGGACAGCAGCAAGCAUGAACGGAGACCUGGUCGCAACACUGGAAAGGACACUUUUGGUGUGCCGACAAAGUUGGGAAAUGAGCAGAGGAUGACGUGCCACACCCUAAGCGAUGAGGCUUCCAGACUCUACGCAAAGAAGACAAUCGUCGUGGGAAAUGUUUCCAAAUACAUUCCUCCUGAUAAGCGGGAGGAGAACGACCAGUCGACUCAUAAGUGGAUGGUGUACGUCAGGGGCUCCAGGAAGGAGCCCAGCAUCGACCACUUUGUCAAGAAAGUCUGGUUCUUCUUGCACCCCAGCUAUAAACCCAAUGACCUGGUGGAAGUCAGUGAGCCUCCAUUUCAUUUAACCCGUCGUGGGUGGGGUGAGUUUCCUGUCAGGAUCCAGAUCCACUUCAAAGACCAUCGCAACAAACGUAUCGACAUCAUCCAUCAAUUGAAACUUGACCGAACUUACACUGGGCUGCAAACACUGGGGGCAGAGACGGUGGUGGAUGUGGAGCUCCAAAGGAAUUCUCUUGGUGAAGAAUUUCCAUUGCAGCCAUCUUCCUCCAAGGUGACCCACAGAGCGAACAGCCCAAUGACGGUCACCUCUCAGCCUUGCGGACAUUCCAGUCCGCCCAUCUCGUAUGAUUCCAGUUUGGACAAAGCUUCAGUCAAAGCAGAGACGGGCAGGUCAGCGGGGGGUCACCGCUCAAGCCUCACAGCGGGGGAACGCACACCGACACGACCUAAAGCCAGUGACAGGAUCACUCUGGGUUGCCACGGCAACUCGGCCUUCCAGCCCAUUACGGCAAGCUGCAAGAUUGUUCCCCAAGGACAACCGCCGAGCCCCGCUGAGUCACCUGGGAAGACGUUCCAACCGAUAACCAUGAGCUGCAAAAUAGUCUCAGGUUCUCCAAUCUCCACGCCAAGCCACUCACCGCUGCCUCGCACGCCCACCUCCUCCACUCCUGUCCACAGCAAACAGAGUUCGUCCUCGGUGCUCAACAACCCUUACGUUAUCGUGGACAAGCCGGGCCAAGUGACCGGUGUGGCGUCCUCGUCGGCCGCCUCCGCAGGAAGUCCCUCGGCCAAACAAUCUGCUGCUCAGGGAACCCGCUCUCCAGCUCCCAAAGUUCACACAGGCACGUUCCUCUCAUCUGGAAUGAAAGUUAUCAUUAAGCAAGAGCCAGGGGAAGUAUCAACACAGCAGCAGCAGCAGCAACAGCAGAUGGCUUCGACAGUAACUACCCAACAGCAACCAGCUGCCACAGCGUCACAUCAAUUUGUUUCAGUCAAAGGAGGACACAUGAUCUCCAUGUCAGCUCAGAAACAGACGGGAGGAGGUUCAGGGGCUGCAACAAACAAGAUGUUAGGUAUUCCAGUGAGUUCAACGCUGCAGUCUGCAGUGAAGCAGGUGGCCAUCAGCAGUGGGCAGAUUCUGGUUGCCAAGGGGAACCCCUCCGUCUCUAAGGUGGUGGGUGGGAAGCAGGUUUUGGCACAGGGGGUAGCAAAAGCCAUAGUCAGCGGAACGAGUGGCAUCUCCGGUCAACAGGUUACCGCCAAGGCAGGCGGGGGUUCAGGUGGCAAGACUGGAGUGAUGGCUACUCUUCAACUGCCUGCUAACAACCUGGCUAAUCUUGCCAAUUUGCCUCCGGGCACGAAGCUCUACCUUACCACCAACAGCAAGAACCCCUCAGGGAAGGGCAAGCUGCUUCUCAUCCCACAGGGAGCCAUCCUCCGAGCCUCCAAUGCAGGUCAGCAGUCUCAGAGCAGCUCGUCAGCGGGCGCAGGGGGCACGCAGACUUCUUCAACUUCCUCAUCCAGCAGUUUGCCUUCCAACCUGUCAUACACAUCAUACAUCCUGAAACAGACCCCUCAGGGCACAUUUCUAGUGGGCCAGUCAUCUCACGGGUCAGGGAAGCAGGGGAGUUCUGGUGCGGCGGCACAUGCUACGUCAUCUCCAUCGACCGCUCCUCAGCAGGCCAUCAGAGUCACAGCUGGACAGAAAGCUGCCAUUCUGGCUCAGAUGGUUGGCGGUUCCCAGAGCGCUCAAGUGAAGUUAUCGGACGGCUCUGUGAAGACGGUGACCACAGCAGGCCACUUGUCCAAGCCCGGGAUGACUACACUGAGAAUGACCGGCGGCGUCAUCACUGCCGCUAGCUCCACUCCCACCUCAGUCAGCACUGUGGCAGCUGGCAACCAGCAGCAGGCUUCUGAUGGUCCGAAGUCUGCCUCGCAGUACCACUCUCUCCUAAUGGCAGCCAAUCAAGCAGCGGUGAUCAACGCGGCUAAGAGCGCCAGUGCUGCAGCAGGCGGCGGUUUGUCCAAGACCGCCAUGGCCACCUUAGUCAAAGGUGCCGCAAACUCUGCCGCACUGGCCAAAAGUGCUCCUGGUUCAGCUGCUGCUCCGGUAAACGUCACCAAAGGCGUUGCCAGCAUGCCUGUUGUCAGCAUGGCAAAGGGCGCGGGUGCUGUGGUGCCGAAAAGCGGGAGCGCGUCACUGGUCACCGCCGCAUCACUGGUCAGUGGGAUGGCGACGGGAGGAGGAAAGACUACUUCAACCAUAUCAGGCAUGCUGAAAAUCCACUCUGGAGGUUCCAACUCACAGCAGACCGUCUUGACAAUCCCUGCUAACCAGUUCAAGCAGCUUGGGGUGGCCAGUGGGUCAGGACCAAUGCAGACUAUACUCAUGCCUCUUAGCAAAGUGAAGACGGAGCCGUGUGCUGGCACAGCAGUUACAGCCGGUCCGUCACCCCCGGGCCCCAUCCCCACAUCUGUCCACGUUCUGUCUGCAGCUACCACGGUCAAGCAGGAGCAAGGCGCAGAUCAUUCUACGCAUGACCUCAUCAACACGGAGCACAUAGAGACCAUGAUGCAGCUGCUGACAGCUGUGGUCAAGAAGUUCCCGCUCAUUGUGCCAGAUAAGUCUGAAGACUCGCAUCCGUUCUGUGCCUCUUCAACAGAACAGUAUUAUUCUUGGAAUAUUGGAAAACGGAGGGCAUCAGAGCUUCAGCGAGCGGUGGCCGUCAAGCGAACCAUCCAGAAUGUGUUGGAUCACGCACCUCGCCUCCAGGCUCUGACGCCCCCAAAGACCAGAGAGGUAGUUCAGUGGUGUCGGCAAAGGGGCUACACCCCGCCCGACCCUGAACCCCAGCACAAGAAUGACGACGAGUCCAUAGAGGACGUCCUCACGCAGAUUGACAGCGAGCCAGAGUGUCCCACCACGCUGAGCAGCAGUGACGAACUGGUGCUGCGGUUGGAGCAGAUGCAAGCCCUCCUGAAGACCGAACCGGAGGAGGCCGACGACGAGAUCAUAGACAUCGUCACUGUGACACCGCCGCCAAAACUCAAGGUCAAGGAGGAGGAGCCGGAGGCCGACACGGAGCCCAAGUUCUUCUUGGGGCCUUGCAUGGCGGCCCAGUUUGUCGAUGAAGCAGCUCAGCAGAUUGGGAUCACCUUCCAGCCAGUGGAGGUGGAGAAGAACCUCUUUGCUCCGGUGAUCGAAGACAUGAUUGUGAAGGCAACACAGCAGUUGGCCAGUGACAUCCUGAGAGAAGCUCUGGCUGGUGCCUUCGCCAAAUCCCCUCACAACAGGGCUCCAAGAGAAAUCACAGCCAUGAACAUCCACCAAGCCAUCUGUAGCAUCCCAACCUGUGACUUCCUCACCAAUGCGCACAUGGGCUACCUGGCCAAGGACAACUGAGGCCGGACACAAACCGGGACCUCGCCAAGAUGACAUGUACUGAACACUAACAACGAAGAGGUAGUCUGCCGAAUCCCACAUUCCCGCCACAAAGGUCCUCUCCCUUAAUGAUCUCAUUGACUUGAUCACUGAAGGGCUUACCACCUCGCUGCUCCUCGACGCCACAGCAGUGCUCCCGGUGGAGUCAAGUGGCUCUUUUUGUUUUCCACGGAUAGUUGCACUCUCACUUACCUCAUCACCAGAUUAUUUUUGUAGAAUGAAAUGAAUGAAUUUCCUGUCACAAAGCCUGCUCACGGAAACGAAGC